AUAAGACACCACACCAUAUGGCUUUCAUGAAGGGGCCUCUGAAAUAACACAUAUCUAAAGAACCUAACAGAAGAUUAUUCCUAACUUGAAUAUUGCUUACGGAUAACAGGCAGACACAAUGGCUUUUGGACCAGUCUUAUCAAGUUUGCUGAUAUUUAUAGUGGCCAUUGACCUAAGUACAAGUCAGGUAAAUACUACGACUAGUGGAUCAACUACAACUGGAGGUUCAACAACAACUGGUGGAUCAACUACAACUGGAGGUUCAACAACAACUGGUGAAUCAACUACAACAGAAGGCUCGACAACAACCGGUGUAUCAACUACAACUACAACCGGUCUAUCAACUACAACGGGAGGUUCAACAACAACUGGUGGAUCAACCACGACUGGUGUAUCAACUACAACUGGAGGAUCAACAACAACUGGUGGGUCGACCACCACAGGCGGAUCAACUACCACUGGUGGAUCAACUACAACCGGUCUACCAACUACAACUGGAGGUUCAACAACAACUGGUGAAUCAACCACGACUGGUGGAUCAACUACAACUAGUGAAUCAACUACAACUGGUGGUUCAACAACAACUGGGGGAUUAACAACAACUGAUGGGUCGACCACCACAGGCGGGUCAAUUACCAAUGGGGGAUCAACUACAACUGGAGGUUCAACAACAACUGCUGUAUCAAGUACGACUGGGGGAUCAACUAUAACUGGUGUAUCAACUACAACUGGAGGUUCAACAACAACUGGUGAAUCCACUACAAUAGAAGGCUCGACAACAACAGAUGUAUCAACUACAGCUGGAGGAUCAACUACAACCGGUCCAUCAACUACAACUGGAAGUUCAACAACAACUGGUGGAGCAACCAUGGCAGGUGUAUCAACUACAACUGGAGGAUCAACAACAACUGAUGAAUCAACUACAACUGGUGGAUUAACAACAACUGAUGGGUCGACCACCACAGGCGGGUCAACUACCAAUGGGGGAUCAACUACAACUGGAGGUUCAACAACAACUGGUGAAUCAACUACAACAGAAGGCUCAACAACAACCGAUGUAUCAACUACAGCUGGAGGAUCUACUACAACCGGUCUAUCAGCUACAACUGGAAGUUCAACAUCAACUGGUGGAGCAACCACGGCAGGUGUAUCAACAACAACUGGUGAAUCAACCACGACUGGUGGUUCAACAACAACUGGAGGUUCAACAACAACUGGUGGAUCAAGUAUGACUGGUGGAUCAACUACAACUGGAGGAUCAACAACAACUGGUGAAUCAACCACAACUGGUGGAUCAACUACAACUGGUGGAUCAACUACAACUGGUGAAUCAACUACAACUGGUGGAUUAACAACAACUGAUGAGUCGACCACCACAGGCGGGUCAACUACCAAUGGGGGAUCAACUACAACUGGAGGUUCAACAACAACUGGUGAAUCAACUACAACAGAAGGCUCAACAACAACCGAUGUAUCAACUACAGCUGGAGGAUCAACUACAACCGGUGAAUCAACUACGACUGGUGGUUCAACUACAAAUGGAGGUUCAACAACAACUGGUGGAUCAAGUACAACAGGAGGUUCAACAACAACUGGUGGAUCAACCACGACUGGUGUAUCAACUACAACUGGAGGAUCAACAACAACUGGUGAAUCAACUACGACUGGUGGUUCAACUACAGCUGGAGGUUCAACAACAACUGGUGUAUCAACUACAACUGGAGGUUCAACAACAAAUGGUGGAUCAACUACAACUGGAGGUUCAACAACACCUGGAGGUUCAACAACUGGUGAAUCAACUACAACAGUAGGCUUGACAACAACCGGUGGAUCAACCACGACUGGUGUAUCAACUACAACUGGAGGUUCAACAACAACUAUUUGGUCAACCACCACAGGCGUAUCAACUACCACUGGUGGAUCAACUACAACCAGAGGCUCAACAACAACCGCUAUAACAACUGGUGUAUCAACAACAAUUGGUGGGUCCAACACCACAGGGGGGUCAACUAGCACUGAUGGAUCAUCUCCAAGUGGUUUAUCAACUACAACUGGAGGUUCAACAACAACUGGUGUAUAUACUACCACUGGUGGAUCAACUACAACAGGAGGCUCAACAACAACCGCUAUCUUAACUACAUCUGGAGGUUCAACUACAGCUGGUGGAUCAACUACAGUAGGAGGUACCACAACAUUUGGUGGGUCAACUACAGCUGGCAUUUCUACAACAACCAUUGGCCCAAUUACAACUGACGGUUCAACAACGACGGGUGGGUCGACCACCACAGAUGGGUCAACUACCACUGAUGGAUCAUCAACAAUCGGUGUAUCGACUACAACUGGAGGUUUAACAACAACUGGUGUAUCGACAACAACUGGAGGUUCAACAACAACUGGUGUAUCAACUACCACCGGUGUAUCAACUACAACUGGAGGUUUAACAACAACCGGUGUAUCGACUACAAUUGGAGGUUCAACAAUAACUGGUGUAUCGACUACAACUGGAGGAUCAAAAACAACUGUUGUAUCAACUACCACCGGUGUAUCAACUACAACAGGAGGUUUGACAACUACUGGUGGGUCGACCAUGGCAGGUGGGUCAACUUCUACUGUGGGAUCAACUACAACUGGUGGUGCAACUACAACUGGAGAUUCAACAACAACAUUUGGAUCAACUACAACUGGAGGUUCAACAGCAGCUGGUUUGUCUACCACCACAGGAGGGUCAACUACCACUGGUGAAUCAACAACAACUGGAGGUUCAACAACAACAAUUGGUUCAACUACAACGGCAGGUUUGACAACAACUGGAGUAACAACUACAACUGUUAAACCAACAAACACUGAUGGGCCCACAACUUCUGCACCUUCUGCACCAGUAGUGGUCAAAGCCACCAUAGUAGAAGCAUUUGUAGAAGAACUCAGUGAUCCAAAAAGCACUCAAUUCGUGACACUUGCUGCAAAAGUUGUAGCUGUGUAUGAUGCUGUCUACAGGACAAAAUAUGGCUUACUCUUCAUCCGCACUUAUGUCAUAAAGUUCACACGAGGUUCAACACGAGUGGAUAAUACUGAAGUGGAGGUGGGAAUUGUGUUCAAUGACACUACGUCAUCUGCAGAAAUCCCCAGCUCUGCUGAUGUUGCAACAACAUUAGUUGAAGCUGUGAACAAUACCAACAACUUCAGCAUUGUGAUUGAAUCCACCUCCAUCACAGCAGUGUCUGCACCAACUACUGCUGCACCGACUACCGCUGCACCGACUACAGCUGCACCGACUACUGCUGCACCGACUACCGCUGCACCGACUACAGCUGCACCGACUACCGCUGCACCUACUACCGCUGCACCAACUACCGCUGCACCAACUACCGCUGACACAACAACCGCUGCGCCAACUACCGCUGCACCAACUACCGCUGCAGCAACUACCGCUGCACCAACUACCGCUGCCCCAACUACCGCUGCACCAACUACCGCUGGCCAUACUACCGCUGCACCAACUACCGCUGCACCAACUACCGCUGCACCUACAACCGCUGCACCGACUACUACUGCACCGACUACUGCUGCACCGACUACCGCUGCACCAACUACGGCUGCACCUACAACCGCUGCACCAACUACUGCUGCACCAACUACUGCUGCCCCUUCUACUGCUGCACCAACUACUGCACCUUCUGGACCAGUAGUGGUUGUCAAAGCCACCAUAGUAGAAGCAUUUGUAGAAGAAUUCAGUAAUCCCAAUAGCAAUGAAUUCAAAAACCUUGCUGCAAAAGUUGUAGAAGUGUAUGAUGCUGUCUACAGGACAAAAUAUCGCUUAAUCUUCAUCCGCACUUAUGUCAUAAAGUUCACACGAGCCUCAACACGAAUGGAUAAGACUGAAGUGGAGGUGGGAGUUGUGUUCAAGGACAAUACGUCAUCUGCAGAACUCCCCAGCUCUGCUGAUGUUGCAACAACAUUAGUAGAAGCUGUGAACAAUACCAACAACUUCAGCAUUGUGAUUGAAUCCACCUCCAUUACAGCAGUGUCAAAUACAACUGGUGGAUCAACUACAACUGGAGCUUCAACUACACCUGGUGGGUCAACCACCACAGGCGGGUCAACCACGACUGGUGGAUCAACUACAACUGGAGCUUCAACAGCAACUGGUGGGUCAACCACCACAGGCGGGUCAACUACGACUGGUGGAUCAACUACAACUGGAGCUUCAACAGCAACUGGUCGGUCGACCACCACAGGCGGAUCAACUACAACUGGUGUAUCAACUACAACUGGUGUAUCAACUACAUCCGGUGUAUCAACUACAACUGCUGGGUCGACCACCACAGGCGUGUCAAUUACCACUUCAGGAUUAAUUACAACUGGAGGUUUAACAACUGUCACAUCUGAGGCAAUCACAACAAAACAACUCACUUUCAGAUCAGUUGGAGAGACAUUCACAAUUGACUUGGCGAAUCCAUCAUCUGCAGCAUUUAAAAGUCGAGCCUUAUUGAUUAAGACAACACUUGAACCUUCCUACAAACAAGGAUUCUCUUCAUUUCGCACCUUAAAUGUGGAGUCUUUCAGCAACGGAUCGAUCAUCAACCACAUUAGACUGGGCUUUGCAUCCACAUCUGUUCCGGAUAACACGCAGAUUGCCAAUGUAUUGAUCAAUGCAGCUUCAAAUAUCACAGCCUUCAAUAUUGAAACCAGCUCCGUUUCUGUGGAUGGCACACAAGUAUCAAGGGGAGUCGGCCACAAGAUCAGUCUCAUCAGCGCAUCCUUCCUGGUGCUGAUGUCAUGGCUGCUGUCAAGCCAGCAAUAGUUACUGGGCUGAUGAAAAAGGACAUUAUUCUCAUCAGAAAUCCAAAAAGUUGAUUACAGGGGCACUCCUAUUCAACCAAACUUUGAUAAAGCUCUCUUUAUUUCUCUUUGACAUAAUAGGAAGAGAUUCUACAAAAAUAAAAUGGUUAUUUUUACUGUAAAAUCCGUAGAGUGCAUUCCUCCGUCAAGGCUAAGCAAUAAUCACGUUCGUUUAGUUUCUGUAGUUUGGUCUGAAAUUAUUUAUUUUUCAAAUAGCAUUGUCAUGAAAGGAAUGAAAACUCUUCCUGGAUUUGCCCCUUGAUCUUGCAUUCAUAUCAACAUUUACUGGGUUCUCUCCAGGCACAUGCCACAUCUCCCUACCAUGUUUGGUUUAAAGGGGUUUAGUAGAAUGUGUGCAAUCCUGCAAAUAAACAAAGAGACACAUGUUAAAAUAUAUUGGUGGAGGUAAUUGAACAUUUGAGUAGUGACAAUUGAAACCUUCAGAUCACAUCACACUUAACUUUUUAACAUAGUAUGAAUACAAUUGAAUUGCCCCUGCUAUAAUAAUAUAAUUUAGAACCACUGCCUCUUAAACAGACCUAAAGGUAAAUUCAUUGAAAUGUAUUAAGCAUUAUUUAUAUUAAAUUAUAUUUCACUUAUUUAGUUAAGAUGCGAGAGAAAAAAAUGACUCCCAAGCGCAGUUUAUAACUCCUGCAAUAUACAAUGUCUGAACCAUGCCUGGCUUUGUUGAAAUAAAGUGUAUUAAUUUUAAUGUAUUUAUAAUAUCAUACAUGUAUACUCUAUGAGCUUAACUGUAUUUUUUGUAAAACUUUAGUAAGAAAUAUAAAGGGCUCUUCUUUUAAUGAUCAUUGUCGUAAACGCAUUUGGGCACUUAGAAAUUCCCAAUAUGAGCAAAAAAAGGUUGCUGCGCAGGCGCACGGUUCAGAAGGGUAGUACUUAGUGUCUUACUUAAGUAUCGGGUGUGUUAGGGGCUUAGCAUGCUUUAAAUCAGGUAGACUACCAGCUCCCAUUCUUCACAGUUGCGCUAUUUUAAGGGCCUGCUCAUCAGGUGGCCAAGGAGGAGUGUGUGUGAAGAAGUGGGAAGUGUGUGUGGUAUUUGGUGCCUAUUACCUUUGACUUCAGACAAGGAUUUUGUUAGUUGAUCGUGCAAUUGGAUUCCAGCGGCCCUUGAUAGCGAUGCAUCGACAAUGUGCCAAAACCACACCUCCAUGUAAGACCAACUAGAGGAUAGGCAUUCAGAUGGUGCAUUUGAUAUUCAAGCAACGUGGGGGCUGGACAGGAAAAUGACAACUGCAUCAGUCUGCGACUAGCAAAGACACUUGGGUCACGUGUGGCACUACUUUGCACUGCUUUAUGCUGGGUGUUAGCUUGAUCCAUCUACAAUGGAUAUAAAAAUGUGUAAUACUGUAUGAUGAUGAUGCUUGAUUAAAGGCACUGAAGACAAUGAAAACACGUCUUAUUAUUCCCUGAAACACAUGUUUGUGAUUCCAGUUUGUGAAGGACCCAUGAACAACAUUUUAUUAAUUACCACAAUAAAUGAUCUGUGUGUGCCAUUUCCAUUUAAUUCCAUUGAAAACCACUGUGUGAAGUGUAGAAGCUGAUAUGAUACAAUAUAUUUACACAAAAAGAAUGUAAUGAAUUAAUAAAUAAAAAUAUCAUCAUA